AUGCAGGCGUACAUCGAGCAAUCCGGGGACAAUUCAGGCCCCUUUUCCGCCCCACUUUCAUCACGCUCGCAUACGACAACCGGGGUGGAGCCCGCUGUCGUACUCGCAGGGCAGGACCACACCAUCACAAGGGAGGUUAUUUGCCAGGACAACACGGGAUUUAUUCACGAGGUGCCGAUAUGGAAUGGAUGCGGAGCGCCGUUUUCGGCGAGGACCCCAUCACCCGUCAGGAUUAUUACGAGGCUGUUUACGGCGGGCGGCGAGGAGAAAGAGGACAGCGAUGAUGCAGCAGAACACAUCGCGAGAUGCAUCCAGGGCGCAAAAUUCCCCCCUGGUGCUCUCGAAUGCUGUUCGGCGCAAGGGCGCCGAGGGGACUCCGACGAUGAGGAGAAUGACGACGACACGGAGGGUUCGGACGAAGAGGCGGAGCGCGACAAGGACAUGGUCCGCGAUAUGCAUGAUGCCGCCGCGGAAUAUGGUGAUGUUCGGGAUGACGGUAGCUCCGUACAAAAUCUUAGGAUUUACGUGCGGAUCCAAAUCGCGAGCGGUCUUCGCGGAGACCUAGACGGCGUCAAGAAGAAGGUGUGGGAGAGGGUGGACCCCCUUUUCGUCGAGGGGCGUAGACGCUGGCUCGGCCCUCUUUGGAAGAAGGUCAAAGAUCUUUCCCCGACCACGCGCUUGAUUUCCGACGCUUGGAACGCCCACGUUGACGGAGUCGCCGCGUCGCCUUAGAACACCGCCAGGCUGAUACUAAGGCGGCGCCUGCGUUCACCUUGACCCGCUUUGCUGGCUGGGAGGGUAGACUCCGGGCAUGGAUAAGUCAGCCGGAAGUCUUGGAGGCAAGGUUGCGAGACUACCAGCAAGAGAAGGCGCUGCACUACCUAUCCUGCAUCAUCAAGCAGUGUGGAGGAGGUGGGUUGAUACGGUAGUCAGUUAGCGAGUUGGGCAUUUGUGGAAGGGUUUGCGUUUUCAUUUCCGCAUCCGUGUGUGAACAAGUCAAACUUCCAUCCUCCUGCAUCUGCACGUUACUGCGGUGAUUGUAGGUUUGAGAGAGCGCGCCGUGUGUUUAUCUCUGGUAGGGAUAGGUGUGUUGGAGCUACCACCAAUUCCUGGCACUCGGGUCUAGAAUCAACCAUCCGAUUUCAUCUUGUUGAUGUGUAUCCCACGGUCAAGUAGCUGAGGUACUCUCCCCAUGCCCGCGCUCCUGUUAUCGAACCGUUCCCCAUCCCCUCCCCUUCAUGCAGGAGUUGUACAAGGUGUGCGUGAAAGAGGGCAAGGAUUCCGUGGCCGUGGAGCUCUCUUACCCGAGUGAAAGGUAUCAGAUCACAAAACCGCGCGGGCAUGUCCCCUACUACAUUGCCGGGUGGGCGGCGGCCAGCAAGGCUUGGACGCAUCAAGGAAGACACAACCUUUCCCAGGAUUGGGUGCGUGUCGUCCAACACAACACUCGCCGGUCCAGUGGGGAGGCGAUAUGUACUGAUUCUAUGCUGAGAGAUUUCGUAGCAAAAGUCGAUUCAAAGAACGACAUGAAGAACGGUCCGGGACUUCUUUACCCUACGAUGGAGUGGAUAGAGUUCUUGUAUGUAUGCCGUGGAGAGGGGCAUAUUCCAUAUUUUGAAAAGAAACAUCUUCCUUGCUGCUUGCCUCGGGGACUUGCCAGCCGAGAUUUUCGAAGUUGUAAGCGGGGCGGAGGUCUUAAAGGAAAUGUGAGGAAACUGCUGCCCCCUGGUCCUCUUGCCAUCGAUCCUAGUGUAUCCCAAGAGAUAUUUCUUUUCGUUGUCGGGAAAAUCCUCAACGUGCGAAUGGGUGACUUCGCGAAGAGUGUANAAGUGACGAAAACCCAAUCCCGAUGGCAAACACCGGGGGGGGCGGCUUGUUUUACAACGUCGUUGCCAAGCGACGAAAACCCACUCCCGAUGGCAAACACCGGGGGGGGCGGUGGAGGGGGCGGGGGGGGAGGUGCAAAGCGCCGAAAGGGGGGACGUGCGCGGAGGCAGGCCCCGCCCACCCUUUAUCAGUUGAAGGGGAUGUCCCGGGCGAAGAUUAGCGACAGGUGCGCUGUAAGACAACUUCUCGUGCUCGUGAAGGACGCCGGGACUAAGAAGGGCACAAUGAACUCAAGAAAAGAUUUAUCUCCUCGAUUACCUGGCGGCGUAUGUGGGCGGGUUCGGGCAGGAAUCUGUUGAAGGGGCAGGCCCCAAUGCGACGGGGAGUGGUCCUGCAGAGGGAGGAUGCGGGGGGGGCGUGGUGGUGAGAACGCGGGUGAGGGCAACGCCCCGACAGGUAGUAGGGAGAUGGUCUCUGUCGGUGGUGGUUUUACGACGUCAGAAGUGCCUGCGCAGGACGGAAGGGACGACAACGGUUGCCUUUCCCGACCGGUUACAAUGGAUUUCUCGCUGUCAGUUUUGGAGGGGGCUGGAGUGUCUAGCGGGGGUGGCUCUUGAAUAAUUUUCCGAGGCAGAAGGUGAAAGUUGGUCUGUCCGUGGCGUCGGCUUUCGUUUCGUCAUGUUAUACCGUUCAUGGAUCAGGACUACCAUCCUGUUUGUGUGCAUGUGGACGUUGGCGUUCCCGUUCUUCUAGCCACUAGGAGCGCCGGCGUGUUUGCGCACCCAUGUCGCGUACUAGCCUUUCUCGAAGUACAAGUCUUGGUGUAUGGGUGUAACACUGGUCGUUCCCCAUAGCCGGAGCCAUGUCAGUCAGCGGGGAUACUCUUUGUUGCCGCAUUCAGCCGAGAGCGUUGCAGUGGCAUGGUGGGGUUGAACUGCGUCCAGCAUUACUUGGUGUAAAUUGACAAGGAGAGCAUACAGUAACCAUCCUGAAUGUCUCCACCGGUACACCAAUUAGCUGAAGUAGCUACCUUCCUACCGCCCGGGAUAUACCAUCCUCAAGGUUGUGUUAGUGAAGAAUCCGAAGUCGGUCCGAUACGUGUACACCCGAAACAAUCGACAGGACUAUUGACAAAAACAUAGAGGAUAUAGGGGGGACAAGGAACAGAGAGGCUUCGUCCGUGAGCAUCAAACACCCGGUGAUUUAGGCGGAGGGAGAUAAGACGAACCUCCAAUGAAAAAAAGACGAGAGAAAACUUCCAACGACACGACUACGGGAGCAAUACGCCUG